AUGACGACGACAAUCCCUAAACCGCGCGGUCUAGUCCGGGAAGCCACGCACCAGAUUAUCGCCGGAGGCUCCGCAGGUCUGGUGGAGAUCUGCUUGAUGCAUCCUCUGGACGUGGUGAAGACGAGGUUCCAGAUCCAAAGGGGAACUGGCGAUCCCAACAGUUACAAGAGCCUGGGAGACUGCUUCCGCACUAUUUUCCGCAACGAAGGAAUAUUCGGCUUCUACAAGGGAAUUUUGCCCCCCAUCGUGGCCGAAACACCCAAGAGGGCAGUCAAGUUUUUCACCUUCGAGCAAUAUAAGAAGCUCUUGAAUUUGACCCCUUUGUCUCCGGGCUUGGCACUGUCGGCAGCAGGACUCGGCGCAGGCUUGACCGAGGCCGUUGUGGUCAAUCCCUUCGAGGUGGUCAAAGUCAGUCUGCAGGCCAACAGAGACGCCUUCAAAGAGCAACCGUCCUCUUUCGCUCAAGCCAGACGGAUCAUCAAGACGGACGGCUUCGGACUGAAAGGUCUGAACAAAGGGUUGACAUCCACCUUGGGACGUCACGGAGUCUUCAACAUGAUCUACUUUGGUUUCUACUUCAAUGUCAAGGACGCAAUUCCUGCCAACCCGGACCCCACUCUGGAAUUUCUGAGGAAAUUCACCAUCGGCCUGGUGUCAGGAACAAUCUCGUCCUGUGUCAAUAUCCCUUGGGACGUGGCCAAGAGUCGCAUCCAGGGCCCACAGCCUGUACCUGGCCAGAUCAAGUACCGCACCUGCUUUCAGACCAUGGCGCUGGUUUACCGCGAGGAAGGGUACCUGGCACUCUAUAAGGGUUUGGUGCCAAAGAUCAUGAGACUCGGACCAGGGGGCGCUGUCAUGCUGCUCGUCUAUGAGUAUGUAUCUGGAUGGCUCCAGAGGAACUGGUAA